UGUUACAAAUAAAAACGAAGGUAAAAAGAAUGAGGGAGCCCCAUUCAUCUUCAUGAUAAACAAAAUUUACUCGAGGCUACGAGAAUUGCGAUAAUUACAAAAUUCCUUGUUUAAGUCCUACGAGGCUACGAGUUUUCCGUGGUUUUGGUGCGUUUCAUUUUACACCACAAACAUGUUGGCUGUUCUAAGUUCACUCGACUAUUGUAUAGUUACAGCUUUAUCAGCAUUCAUUUUUCGAUUUCUAUCACAAAUACAACAUCAAAGAUCAAACACAUAGUUUCUGUAAUUGUGCUUAUUGUUUGUCAAUGGCAUCUUUUCUGACUUCAUCUCCCACUUUUUCACUUCCAAAUAAGAUUAUAUAUCACAGUGAGAAAAUUCCACUCACUACAUUAUCUGUAUCAACUUCAAGCCCAUCUAUCGUAAGGAGGGGAAGAGGCUAUGGGAAAUGCUCAGUAUCAAGAGUUACUUCAAUUGAAAAUGAUGUUAUUCAAAAGGAUGCUCAUGGGGUUGAUAAAAAGGAUGAUUUUGGAGUAGUUGGCAUGCACCAUGUUGGCAUUCUUUGUGAAAACCUUGAAAGAUCACUCGAUUUUUACCAGAACAUACUAGGUCUGGAGAUAAAUGAGGCUAGGCCACAUGACAAGCUCCCCUAUAGGGGUGCAUGGCUGUGGGUUGGCUCAGAGAUGAUUCAUUUGAUGGAGCUUCCAAAUCCUGACCCAUCAACUGGGAGGCCUGAACAUGGUGGUCGUGAUCGUCAUACUUGUAUUGCUAUUCGGGAUGUGUCUAAGCUUAAGGAUAUCCUCGACCGAGCAGGUAUACCAUAUACCCUCAGUCGAUCUGGAAGACCUGCAAUUUUUACUAGAGACCCAGACACCAACGCACUAGAAUUUACGCAAGUCUAAUUGUGCAUUAUACAUAAUUUUCUGUUUUGAUUCCUCGAUAUAUAGGUUGUACAUAAUGUUAAACGAACAGUUGUAUUUAGAAUACCUGGGUUUUCAAGUUUAUAUACUAGUAUGUGCCAGAUUACAUGGUACGAGUAAUAAUCAUAUGACUUCUUUGGCAUGAAUUUGUAUGUAAUUUUGCAAAUAAAAAUUAUUAUUUAUUUAUUUUCUUGUAAAAAAAUUAAGAAAGAAAGAACAGUGUAACUUUAUUA